AUCUCGUCGCUGUCCCGUAUGGUUGAGUUUUUGUAACUUGAAGCAGAGAAACGGUCCGUGAGGCUUCAGGGAAGAACAAAGCCGGAUUUCUUUGUUGAAGUUCUGUCCGCCCUUGUGAGCUGAAAGACUGGAAACAGGAUGAAAUAUUUCACUCGACCGAAAGUCAAGCGUGUGUAUAAGUGGCGUGGCGAGCCACUAAGCUUCAACAGGAGGCUAAAAACAUACGAAUAUGGCUCUAUUGGAAUCAGUGAGGAGGGUCUCUUGAGAACUACUGUCAUCAGCACAGGCCAGCACAUCCUCAUUGAGGGGUACGAUGAAGAUAACCCAUAUGUGGCCAAAGUCAUCAGGCUGUUUGGUGAUGAGAAUGGGGAGCAGAUGAAGGCGAUAGUUCAGUGGUUCAUGCAGGUGUCUGAAGUGCCCGUGAGCAAGCUGAAGUUGCUUGGCAGAGAGCCCCAUCCACAUGAAAUCUUCUACUAUGACUGUCACAGUUGUGAUAACGAGGUCAACGUUGAGUCAAUUCUUAGGCCUGUGAAGGUGAAACACCUGGACAUUGAUGCCCCAUUCCCCGACUCCACUGACAAAGAUACUCUGUAUGUGAAGUUGUCCUGGGAUUCAAAGGCCUUCAGAGUGGUGAACUCCACUCUGGUAGAGUCCUUUGCUGAUGCAGCUCCUGCUUCUUCACCUCCUCUCCAUCUUAAACCCUCCCAACCAAUGUCACCUACAUGCUGCCUGUCUGCAGUCACCCCCACAGGCCCCUCUCGGCGUGCCCUACCCACACUGGAACCCACCGUUAUGCAGAGUGCAUCAUUAGGGGACGUUAGAUGCAGGAGAGCCACCAUGAGUGCAGGUAAAGCUGCUAAUGUUGAAGCUGAGUCACUUCACUCAGCCACCAAACUGUCGGCCUCAAAAUGCCUCAGUGCCAAGAGGAGGAAUGUGGUGGCCAGGACACCUGGAGUCUGUAAGAGACUGGAGCUCAGCAGUCCAGAGAAGUUGAGGACUAGUGAGAAAGUCCUGAGUCAGCUGCUGGAUGGAGAGCUGGAAUCAAAGGUGACUCUGGCUCACAGGCCUACUUCCUCUCGUGCUCAUCGUCUGCCCCGCACCCACAGCCUCACACCCCUCAGGAAGGACCACAGACUCACCAGCGCUCAGGGUGGUGUCCCCUUAAAGAACUCAUCCGUCUUCCUCAACAUGUUGUCCCUCUCUGAGUUGGACAGCCAUCUGUCACCGACCAAGGGUGACUCCACGAGAGCUACAACUGAAUCCCAAAAGAGAGAACCAGCGACCACUAAGGAGCCAGCCCUCGGUGUUUUACAAAACCAAAAACUACAGGUUGCUCCUCUUACACCGUCUGUAUGCUGUGUGGAGAGGGCUGAGAUGGAGAAUGAAAACUCUCCCGUGCCGCCGGUCACUGAAACACCGAGGAGCUCUAAGAGGAAAUCAGCCAUGCUGGUAUCACUGCGCAUCAGGAAACAGCUGAAUCUUCUGGACAACCAGCAGGAUCUGAACUCAUCUGGAGAGGAUGAGGAUGAGUUUGUUCCAUCCAACACUGAGCUGCAGAGCAGCAGUGACGAGGAGAAUGAGGAUGAGGGUGGGCUGGACAAUGAUGAGGUGACAGCGAAAAAGUGCCGAUUUGCUGCAGCUGGUUCUCGAACUCCUCGUUCAAGGCAGAAACCUCACUCCUCGACUAGAACACCACUAAAGACUCCUGCCAAGAAGAUCACACAGGGAACACCACGAACCACCUGUCAUGCCACACCCAGCAUCCCCAGCAGGUCCCUGCAGACUCAACAGCCUGCUAACAUCCUGGAGGAGGCUCGAGCCAAGCUCCAUGUGUCUUCUGUGCCAGAGUCUCUGCCCUGCAGGGAGCAGGAGUUUCAGGACAUCUACAGCUUCGUGGAAAGCAAGAUCAUUGACAGCACAGGAGGGUGCAUGUACAUCUCAGGUGUGCCAGGAACUGGAAAGACAGCAACAGUUCACGAGGUGAUUCGCUGUCUGCAGCACGCGGCCAACAUGGAUGAAAUCCCUCCUUUCCACUUCAUUGAGAUCAACGGGAUGAAAAUGACGGACCCUCACCAGGCCUACGUUCAAAUCCUUCAGAAACUGACUGGUCAGAAAGCCACAGCCGACCAUGCAGCAGCUCUGCUGGAAAAGAGAUUCAGCAACCUGGCACACAGGAAGGAGACCACUGUGCUGCUGGUGGAUGAAUUGGACCUGCUGUGGACGAGGAAGCAGAAUGUGUUGUACAACCUGUUCGAAUGGCCCACACGGCGUCACACUCGCCUUGUCGUGCUAACCAUCGCCAACACCAUGGAUCUGCCCGAGAGAAUCAUGAUCAACAGAGUGGCAAGUAGACUGGGUUUGACCAGGAUGUCAUUCCAGCCGUACACCUUCAGGCAGCUGCUGCAGAUCAUCAUGUCCAGGUUGAACAAGAUGAGGGCCUUUGAGGAGGAUGCUCUACAGUUGGUGUCCAGGAAGGUGGCUGCUUUGUCUGGCGAUGCUCGCCGAUGUUUGGAUAUCUGUCGGCGGGCAACAGAGAUCUGUGAGCAAUCAGCUUCUGAUCCUAAUUCCACAGGAUUGGUGGGAAUGAGUCACAUGAUGGAAGCGCUGAAUGAAAUGUUUUCCUCUCCCUACGUCACCGCCAUCAAAUGUGCAUCAACACAGGAGCAGUUCUUCCUCAGGGCUGUCAUUGCUGAGUUUAGGCGGCUAGGAGUGGAGGAGGCAACUUUCCAACAGGUGUUCGUGCAGCACCAGGCUCUGUGUCGUGUUGAGGGUCUCCAAUCUAUCAGUGUGUCAGAGGGCUUGGCUGUGUGUCAGCGUCUGGGAGCCUGCAGGUUACUGCUGCUGGAGACCAGUUGCCUAGGAGUCCUGCAGCGCGUCCGCCUCAACGUCAGCCAGGAUGACAUCUUGUAUGCCUUGAAAGCCAACUGAAGGAAGAGGCUCUUCACACGAAUGAAACUAACCCUGUCAGAAACUUGAUCCUCCAUCCACAGAUUUGGGUUAUGAGCUGACUUCUUACAGGACUUCUUACAGAGUUUGUGGACUUUAAUUACUGCAUAUGUUGAUGACUUGAACUAAUACAGAAGCCACACCCAGUUAUUAGUAUUUCAAAACUAAAUUGAUUUUUCCUCUAAAUUUCUGCACAGGCUUUUGUCUUGUUUUAGAUCUUUUUAUGGUAAAUUUUGUAAUUUCCCCAGUUUUAUUGGAAAAUUUUCUUCCCUGAUUGGUGUUGUCUUAAAGUUGUCCUAUUUUUAUGUUUCAGUCCUUGAGUACCCAAUAAAACUCUUUAAUUGAA